AUGGACAAAAUGAACGAUUUCUUCACACAAUUUAAAAAUGAGAUGGAAAAGGCUCUUCAAGAGAAAGACAUCGAAAUAAAUGCUCUGAAAGCAACAAACGAAAGCCUCAAAAACAACUGUGAAGCGAAAGACGUAGUCAUUGACUCACAGAAAAGACAAAUUCGAAAAAUCCAGGAUGACAUGAAGAAUACAAUGGCAAGAGCAAGAGGAUUGCAGCUGCUGAAGGAGAUCAAAGACCCAGAAGGCGAGAAACUGAGGAAAGAAGUCAAGAAAAUUGAAGAUAUGGCUGUUGAGGAAGAAAACAAACAACUACGGACUGAACUUUCAUCCCUCCGAGGCUUCGUUGGCAAUCUGCAGGGCGUCCUACAGCGAUUGAUGGUCACUGACAUGGAUGGGGCCUCCGGAUCAACGUUCGAAGACGAUUUUUCCAAGCGCAGUGCGCGACCGAGUAUUUCCUCACAAGGCUCUGUUAACUCCUCUGCAUCUUGA